GUUAGGAAUUAGGAAUUGAUUACGAACGAAUGCAACAAGUAGCGUCGCUCUCCUCUUGUAUCUCCACGCUUCGCUUCCUUCUUCCUUAUUCUUCUUCUUCUAAACUCUCUCCGCUUCGUCCUCUCUUCCAUAUCGCCGCCAUGCCUCCUUACGGUCCUAAUUCUCAAGGUGGUCGUCGAGGCGGAGGUUCCUCCUCCGGUCGCGGUGCUGGUCGUCGUGGUGGUGGACGCGGUGGCGGCGGCGGUCGUGGCGGUGGUGGUGGCGGUCGUGGGGAACAGCGAUGGUGGGAUCCGGUGUGGAGAGCUGAGCGUCUGCGCCAGCAACAAGUUGAGAUGGAAGUUUUUGAUGAGAAUGAAUGGUGGAACAAGAUUGAGCAAUGGAAAACAGGAGGAGAACAAGAGAUGCUAAUUAAGCGUAAUUUUAGCCGGGGAGAUCAGCAAACACUUUCUGAUAUGGCUUAUCAGUUUGGUCUUUACUUCCAUGCAUACAAUAAAGGGAAGGCUCUUGUAGUUAGCAAAGUUCCUUUACCAGAUUAUCGGGCUGAUCUUGAUGAUCGGCAUGGAUCCACUCAGAAAGAGAUUACAAUGUCCACAGAGACGGAGAGAAAACUUGGAAGUCUUUUGAAAACAACACAAGAAUCAGGGUCUUCAAGUUCCUCUACUUCAGCUGUUCAAGAUCAACAGGACCGUUCAGCAACUCUUGGCUUGAAAAGACCUGAUUCUGCUUCCAAAUUGCCCGAUUCUCUUGAGAAAGAAAAAUUCAGUGCUGUACUCAAGGAAAGGCAGGAAAAGCUUAAGGCAACUGAGAGUGUAAAAGCACUUCAAGCUUUCAGAGACAAGCUACCUGCUUUUAGAAUGAAAGAGGGGUUUCUUAAUUCUGUUUUAGAAAAUCAGGUAUUGGUAGUUUCAGGAGAGACCGGGUGUGGUAAAACAACACAACUUCCUCAAUUUAUAUUGGAGGAAGAAAUAUCAUCCCUAAGAGGUGCUGAUUGCAACAUAAUUUGUACACAACCUCGACGUAUUUCUGCCAUAUCGGUUGCUUCGCGUAUAUCUGCUGAAAGGGGUGAACCCAUUGGUGAAUCUGUGGGUUAUCAGAUUCGUCUAGAAUCAAAGCGUUCUGAUCAAACACGAUUGCUAUUUUGCACUACUGGUGUCUUACUCCGGCGGCUGAUUGAGGAUCCUAAUCUAACUAAUGUAAGCCAUUUGCUUGUGGAUGAGAUUCACGAGAGAGGCAUGAAUGAGGAUUUCCUACUAAUCAUACUACGUGAUCUCCUUCCUCGACGCCCAGAUUUGCGUCUUAUUUUGAUGAGUGCUACGAUAAACGCUGACAUGUUCUCAACAUAUUUCGGGAACGCUCCAACGAUGCAUAUCCCGGGCUUCACAUUCCCUGUGGCAGAGUUAUUCCUAGAAGAUGUGCUGGAGAAAAGUCGCUAUAGUAUUAAGUCGUCUGAUUCAGGGAAUUAUCAAGGCAAUUCGAGAGGUAGGAGAAGAGACUCAGAAUCUAAGAAAGAUGACCUGACUACUCUGUUUGAGGAUAUUGAUAUCAAUGUUCACUAUAAAAGUUAUAGCUCAGCCACAAGACUUUCUCUCGAAGCAUGGUCUGGUGCACAGAUUGAUGUGGAUCUGGUGGAGGCUACACUUGAACAUAUUUGCCGUCAUGAAGGUGGUGGGGCGAUUCUUGUCUUCCUCACUGGCUGGGAUGAGAUUUCGAAACUGCUUGAGAAAAUCAACGGGAACAGACUGCUUGGAGAUUCUAGCAAGUUCUUAAUUCUUCCUCUGCAUGGUUCAAUGCCGACGGUUAAUCAACGUGAAAUUUUUGACCGGCCACCUCCUAAGACGAGGUCGUGCUGGACGUGUCCAAGCUGGAGUUUGCUACAGGUUGUAUCCAAAAGUCAUCUAUGAUUCUUUCCCACAGUAUCAGUUACCAGAAAUCAUACGGACUCCACUGCAAGAGUUAUGCCUGCAUAUCAAAAGUUUGCAGGUUGGAUCCAUAGGAUCAUUCUUGGCCAAGGCAUUGCAGCCACCAGAUGCACUUGCUGUUGAGAAUGCUAUUGAACUUCUCAAAACAAUUGGGGCUUUAGACGACAUUGAAGAUCUUACACCCCUUGGUCGGCAUCUUUGCACUCUACCCGUAGAUCCAAAUAUAGGAAAGAUGCUUCUGAUUGGAGCUAUCUUCCAGUGCGUCAAUCCUGCUUUGACAAUUGCCGCUGCGCUGGCAUAUCGUAGCCCAUUUGUCUUACCGUUAAAUAGGAAAGAAGAAGCUGAUGAUGCUAAAAGAUAUUUUGCUGGUGAUUCCUGUAGUGAUCACAUUGCCCUUCUUAAGGCAUAUGAAGGAUAUCGGGAUGCAAAGCGUGGUGGAAACGAAAAAGAUUUUUGUUGGCAAAACUUUCUUUCCCCUGUAACUCUAAGGAUGAUGGAGGAUAUGAGAAACCAGUUUCUUGAUCUUUUAUCAGAUAUAGGUUUCGUAGACAAAUCAAGGCCAAGUGCAUACAACCAAUACAGCCAAGACAUGGAGAUGGUAAGCGCGGUUUUGUGUGCGGGGCUGUACCCAAAUGUUGUGCAAUGCAAAAGAAGAGGGAAGCGCACUGCAUUCUACACUAAAGAGUUGGGUAAAGUUGAUAUUCAUCCUGGAUCUGUCAACGCAAGAGUAAAUCUCUUCUCGUUGCCGUAUUUGGUCUACAGCGAAAAGGUGAAGACGACAAGUGUAUAUAUCCGAGACUCAACAAACAUAUCAGAUUAUGCACUCCUUAUGUUUGGUGGCAAUCUUAUCCCAAGCAAAACCGGGGAAGGUAUAGAGAUGUUGGGUGGGUAUCUCCAUUUCUCUGCCUCAAAGAACGUCUUGGAACUGAUACAGAGAUUGCGGGGAGAGGUGGACAAGCUGCUGAAUAAGAAGAUAGAGGAUCCGAGUUUGGACAUAACUGUGGAGGGAAAAGGAGUGGUUUCAGCUGUGGUGGAGUUGUUGCGUAGCCGAAACAUCAGGUAUUAAACAAAAUACUUAUGAGUCUUACCUUAUUGUAGGAAGGAAUAAAAACUUUGAUUAUUUGAAAACAAGGUCAAUUGUUGGGACUCAGCUUAAAUUUUAAAAGAUUAUACAAGUUGUAAUUUAGAGCUGUUGAUUAGUGAGGAUUUACAAUAAAUAGUUGUGCCUUAGUUGUUUCGGCUAGGCCGAGUUUUGUAGUGUCAUUUCAUUUCCCAUU